GAAAUUCGUAAUGGAUACCAUAUUGGUGCAUCGCUUUCACGACAACAGUAGAGUUAGCAGUGGAGAAAUGAACUGAUCCACGAGGGACCAUCAACAAACAGUGUGGCAGCGUUCAAUCUUAUCAAAGCUGUGAUUUUGUGGAGAGGUCUUGCCCAGCCACCCGUCUUGUGCAGACUGCCUUGACUACUGAUAUUCCACCGUCAAGAAUAUCCAAUGUCGGUCUCUGGUUCACAAAAGUAGUUUGGACUCGCGGCACAGGCAGGCGUGUGACCGUCGCGCACUUUGGCUCCAGUCGUUAUCAUUCUGUUUCCACGGAGGACUCCGCUGGUUGCGCGCCGAGCAGCAUUUAGGUCAGUGUUCGCAGGAAUGAGGAUAUUCUUUGUCUGUUUUGUCCAAGUGCACAUCAUUCUUGACUUCUAUUGUCGGGCGGCCAUCCGCUACCAUUCACCCAUGACGCCGCCAGCCUGAGAGCGCGCGAUAAACCCAACAGCAGAUGCAUUCGCUCCAACUUCAGUGUUAGCUUCCAAAGCUGCCGUCUAGGCAUCGUCCCGUCUCUCCAUUUGGUAGAUGAUGAGGUUUGUUUGAUUCAGUUUCGUCUGGUUUCCCACUCAUCGUUCCCAUUUGAUGUCCACACUGUGGACAGGCGCAGCGGAGUGUCGUAUCGACCAUCAGCAGGAUUGCACAAAGCACGUGUACACGGCUGUCACGGGACUAGAACCAGGUUAAUUUUCGCCCCAUGAAUGACGCCAUGUAGUAUCAUAUACUGCGGUGACACUUGUUCUGCUGUGAACCUGAUCAGGCCUUUUUCAUAAUGCGUACCCCAGGUGCCGGGGCAGGGAUCGGGGAGACGAGUGCCCGAUCCCCUGCCCCAAGGUUCCGUUACGAAUCCAUGUUGUCGGGACUUUGCCAAUGGCAGCCGCCGUGCACAUACGAAGCAGACUCGUGCACACCCCUUUUGCAGAUUUUUCCUCGAAUUUAUGACGCCACGGUUGGUAGACGGGGGUGACCAUGUGAGUGGGGCGUUAGCGCUUUUGCUGGAAACAACUAUACAGUCACUUUCCACACAGUUCAUCUGCACUCUCUGUGUGUCUCCAGGACUUCCCAUUGUGUUGACCUCUAGGGCCGACACCGUCCUGCCUUAUGCCUAGGACACUACACUAUUUUUUUCCCGUGCGCAGUCUUCCGUUUAGCUGGCUGUGUCGCGUACCUCUGCAGCUGCGCCGUUUUCCGUGGAAACCUGGAGUCCUUCUCCAAGUCAUGUUCCGGAACUGAUUCGCCGUGCACGCUGGAGGAGUGUCUGCAGCUCUUAGACUUAGCCCUCUGGGGUUUACAGCUGCCAAGAGAGUGUACAUGCAAGAUAGUUUUUAUUAGGCAGGUAAUGUUUUACCAUUGGCUGCACGAGAAGUGGUAAGAGGUUCCCCUGAUCUUUGGAGAACGUCUGAAGGCUAUAUUCUCCAGUUACUGAGGGCAAUGCAACGUCACUUUGGUAAGCUGGCAGAAGCGCAAUGCACUUUUUAAACAAUGCCAUCAGAAAUUGUGGUGAUGUUGCGUCUGGGUACGAGUAUUAAAGACCAAUUUAGACACUCACCACAAGAAUUCUUAAAUACCAUCUGCUCCACAGGGUCCGAAGGCAUAGCAGUUGCCCCCUGACAAGCCUUCCUCCACACAGCUUGGAAGUUUCAGCAGACAGCCCACUGCCGCAAAGAACGGAGCAACGGACACCGUUUCCCCUACUACAGCAAAGCGAAACCUGUGAAAUGGAAAACGUGAGGGUCCGACUCGUCCUUACACACCGUUGAAAUUACCGGAGUUGCUUUUUGAAAAAUCACCGCUGCACUGUACCCCACCUCUCAUACGGGAGAUACACGACAAAAAAUGACAUGAGAAAAGGAGCAAAUCCCCAUCAUCUUCUCUGUUCCCUGGUACCAACAUAGCGGAGGACAGUUGCGUAGAUCCGGCUCUAUCGACGACUACCUCGUGAGCAGGGAGAGACACGCCUCCAGUGUGUAUGCAACUGUGUCCCCGGUACUGAACAAGCCUACAGAAUCUGCUCAUUUAGUGGCUCUCAAAUUCUCAAGAACCUGCCCCUUCAGGUGUCCAGAAUCGCCUCAACAGGUUUCGCGAGUCUCAACGCUUCCACGUUCCUGCAGUGCUAUGCACGAACUGCUGACGAGCUCUCAGAUAGGGUAAUCAGAGCUCGCACCUCCGAGAGGAGUCGACUAAUAAGGGUGACACCCCUUGAACUGCAAUUUCUCCCGCGCGUUUUCGUUUGUGCGUAGAAUUUGUCGACUCUCGACGCUGCAUGCACUGUGGUGAUACUGUUGAGAACCAGCGUGGCCGAGAGCCAGAGUGUGUGCGAUGCCGCGCCCCCGACGGCUCCGUUGUUGGCGUAUCUUGCUCGAUAAGAUCCAGAGCAAAGACGGUUUUGUUCUAGCCAGUGGUUGCACGCUUUGUGCGAGAGAAGUUGUGAAUCGCUGCGAGUUGUUUGCGCAAGGAACGCGCAGUUUGCCGAGAAAAAACCGGCACUUCGAGACAGCCCGAGAGAACGCGCACGCAAACCAGCCCCUGGCUCUGAAACAAAACGUGGUGGGUGGAGCGGCGAGUUCGAGGUUUUUUUGUAGCUACCUCUCUCGCGCUUGGGAGGAAGCUUGAGAACGCGUGAAAGCACUCGAGAAGUUUCACGUCUUUUCCGUUUCACGCUUCUUUUCCACUGACCGACGGCAGGAACCGUCGCUUCUCUUUUUCCAACGCGAGUGAAUCUUCCCCGCCGCGAGAGAAACGCUUUUCGUUGCGAUUCACUGAGCUCUCUUCUUUCGAAUCGCACAUCUGCAACACGCGUACGUCGAUUUCUUCGCGAACAGCGCUUCUUUCGCCUUCCCGAAAGUCUUUCGCGGCGCGCAGUUGCACGAUCCGUUGUAACAUUUCCGAGCGUCGAAACUCGUGGCAAAUUCGCGACGAAAACUGCGCCCGACCCAGAGAGAACGGGUUAUCAUCCUGCAGUCGAUCGAAAAAAGCGACGCUCUGCGACACAAACGCGGCUCAACAGGGUGUGGAGAAAGGGAGGAAUCCUGGCCGAAGGCGUCGGUGCCGCCUCGGACUUCUCUGCGGACAGACUUUGGAAAGUCUGUCCACUCGUUGUGUCGGAGAGCUCUCAUCGGUGUCCGCCUUCCCGGUCGACACCCGACAGCGUUUUCCCCUGUGUGUACCAUCGUUCUCUUUGUCGCGAGCGUUUUUCGCUGGGCAUCUGGCUGCGGAGAGCUGCCGUCUUUUGAUGAUUUGUUUACCAGAACGUCCUCCUUGUCGCCGAAAAAAUCAAAGGGCUCGGCUUCUGCCUUCUGUCUUCUCUCCCCCCUUCCCCCUUUGAUCAGGUUGUGCAAGCCGAGGACGUUUCGUCGGUUCCUUGGUGAUUUUUUCCGUCUGUUGUGGACGGCUGUCCUCACGUCGUCGCAUUGUUCAUGUCCGUUCUGAGGAUCUCUCAUCUGCUGUCAUUUUCAAAGACCUCCCUGCUUCUGUUUCCUCUCGUUCCGUAACUCUUGCUGAUCACUGCUACGUCUGCAGACUCGAGAAUCUCUUCCUUCUGACUCUGACACUCUGUUCGUUGUCGCCGCAGCCUGGCGCGCGCGCGUGGAAGCUUCUUCGCUUGUUCUUUCUUCCCCGUGGAUUUGUCUCCUUUGUUUCCGUUCCAGCUCUUCGUCUAAUUCUGAAGGACUCUAAAAACUCAGGCGUCCGGACUGCUGCACUGCUCUUUAUGUUUGUGCGGCAAGCCAAAGCUGUUGUCACACCCGCAGUGCUGUGCUUGCGGCCGUCUUCGUCGUUCCUCCGUCGUCUUUGCUUCUGCUGUCUCGCCAGCUUCCCGUUUUUCUGCGCCUCUCUCGACGCUCACUUUGUCUUCAUCUGGCGGUCUGCCUUUGUCUCGCGGGCGUUGGUCGCGGCCCUCUGAAUCGUUUUCUGCGUUCUCGCUCUUGCCUUACCCUCGCUCCCCCCCCCGCGACUUUUUCGUUCUCACGAGUUUCGCAGCUCGUCUCUGAUGUCUCUCUCCUCUUGCCCGCAGACUGUCUCUCGUGUUUUUCGUCUCUCCCUUCUUCUCCGCCACUUGCUCUUCCGCGGUUUCCUCGCGUUUUUUCGCCGCCCGUCCAAAGGAACUCUGUCGCGUCUUCACCUCUCCUCUUUCCACUCACAACUCCUCUGUCGACCUUUCCGAGGAGAACGGUUUCCUCCCCACCGGUUCCUCUCCUCCGUCUGCACUUGUUGGUCGUCUGGUCGCGAGUCUCCGCGCUCGCUGUUGCUUGCUGCGUUCUCCACAGGCUCUCGACUCGCGAGUCUGUGCCUUCUCCGCGAGUUUCUUGCUCGUCUUCGCCAGGAUGUUGGGGUCGUCGGAGGGCGGCGCGCGCGGGUGUCCGUACUGGAUCGUUGCAUGCAAUACGGACGAGACGCACAGCGCCGAGCAGAUUUUCAGUUCCCUGAAGCACGCGGUCUUGGGCUCUCGCAACGCGCUGUGCGACGAGGCCUGUCUGUUGGACAUUCCUCAUUUGAAGUUCGGGACUUUUGACGACUUGAUUCGCUCCGUCGACAUUCUGCAGAAGCAGGACGCCUACGUGGAGAGUGUGAUUCGGCGCAUCGAGCGCCAGGCCGUGGAGAUCGACCCCGACUGCGAGUUGAAAGUCGUUUGGCAGCGGCACUCGCUCACGGUCGACCAGUACAUUCGGCGUUUUCAGUGGGAUGACGCCAAGUUUCCGCGGCUCCGCGCCAUCCCAGAAAACCUCGACGCGCUCGUGCAGUCCGUGACCAAGACCGACGACGAAGUGCGAGCGAAAGUAGCAGUCUGGCAGGAGGUGAGGCAGCAGAUGGCGAACUCGGCAUCGGGCAAGAAGACAGGUCCUGCGACUUACUUCCAGCGAGACUUGAUCGACGUCUUGUCUCCAGACACGGUCCGCGACGACGACUUCUUGGUGACAGAACACUUGACAACGGCGGUGGUCGUCGUCCCCAGGGGUCAGGAGCGAGAGUGGGAACAGAGCUACGAGAGUCUGGACGCGUUCGUCGUACCGCGUAGCUCGCGAAAGUUCAACGUCGCGGAGGACGCAGACGGAAACGCGCUCUGGAGAGUGAUUCUCUUCACCUCUCACCUCCAGGCGUUCCGACAGGCGGCGCAGGCGAAGAAAUUCGUCGUCCGGGACUUCCACUACAGCCCGCAGGCGUACAAGGAGACGGUGCUCGCGCGGUCACGCGUCGAGGCGGAGAAGACGAAGCAAGAAACCUUCCUCAGUCGUGUCUGCUUCGCGGCCUUCUCAGACAUCUUCGUCGCCUGGAUGCACCUCAAAGUCAUGCGGACCUUCUGCGAAGCGGUGCUCAGAUUCGGAGUCCCUCCCGAGUACGCCGCCUUCGUCCUCCGUCCUGUGAGCGAAGCGAAGGAAAAGAAACUUCGACACGAACUGGACAAACUGUUCUCGCCCAAAGGAGGCUUCGGGAACAGCUACUUCUCAGGCAAAGACGACCCUGGAAGCGACGACGAAGACUUCUAUCCCUACAUCUGGCUCGCGCUUCAGCCUUUCGGCAGUCACCGCGCAUCCGCUUGACCGGCGGGGAGACGGCUGUCAUCUGCGGAGUUUUGUAAACCACACACAUAUGCAGCGCAAAGACGGAACUCGCUUUCCGACACUCCUCGCCUUCGGCCGCCUCGCGGACUGCCGCAGAAAGAACAGCAAAGGCUUCGAAGGGAGGCUUCAGAGGGUCGCAAAUCCUUUGAUCAGAGCUCUCUUCUGCCGCCGAUACAGGCGAAGAAGACAUGGGAGGGCGUCUGCAAACGUGAGCAGAAGAAGCCUGAGAAAAGAAAACGUGACGGAGAAGGAAUGCGAGGGGAGGUGCGGCCGCAGAGGAGAGCUGAAGACACGACAGUCAGAAACUCGCGCACUGGGAUCAAACAGAGAGAGAGAGAGUGGAAAUGCGUGCUUCUGGGAGAGGAUGGGGAGAAAAGAGAGUGGGCGGAGAAGAAAGUAGAAAAGCGGAGGACGAAUGCGGGAGUGCGAAAUUCUGGAGAAAGACAAGGAAAGACCUGUAUACGCCCACUGCAACAGAGAGCGAGUCGCCACUUUGCGAGCGAGGCAGGAAGAACCUUUCUCGUGUGCGGCUUGGGAGAAAAGAUGCAAGUUCUUCAAAACGUGCAUGAGAUCGUGGGUGGAGAGACUGCGAUUUGUCCGGCUUGACGGAGACAAAGAGAGACGGGUGCACAGACGAGAGGAAACUCGAUCUGUGAGACAGCAGUGGCUACAAUGAUACAUCUGCGCCACUCAAACGUCUACAUACACAGAUUUAUGUUUCUGCGCAUAUAUGUGUGUGUGUCUAAAGUGUGGGAUUGAAAAGAAUGGCAGUCAGAAGUGAGCUAAAAAGCGACAGGGCAGUGAAGAGACACUUGUGGGGAGAGGAGACUGAAAGAGUUGCGAGUACCAGUUCCUCCGGAGGCAGGGAACGAGGGGUGCGUGGAAAGUGUGUAUCUAAGUGGAAACUCUCCUCGAGUGCGUUUUUUUUUCGCUUCUGGCAAACACUGUCUGUCGUCCUUGUUUCUCAAAUGGGUCCCGGGGGGCACCUGGCACUUGUGCGGGUACACUGGCGAAUCGGUUGGUGCGUUGCUUGCAUGCAAACAUCCGAAAGACGUCUAGGCACCUCCUUCGCGGCGUAUGUACAUGUGAGGACGCGUAAGCACUCAGAUUUCGUGUGGGCGUAUGCGAUGGAUUCCAUCCGUCAAGACGUUUUUUCUCGACUGCGGCUCUGGCUGUGAGGAGCGAAGAAGACAAGGAAAACCGGAACCGGACAGACUCACUUUCAGAGCGACCUAGGCCUCUGUCGGUUUGGCGGACACCAGGAGUUGAAGACGCACCUUUGGCAGGCCACACACUGAUUCAAUGCCGGCACCUCGCGAGGCGACGUGGAACUCUUUCCGAGUUCUCCUUUUUCACCACAAACUUGCAGAUGCUGCAGAUGAGAUGCGCGCAUGAGGCUGAAAAACCAACCCGUGGAACAGAAGCCAACAUUUAGCCGAGAAGGUAGCCUCCAACACUCAUAGCCAAGUAUCAAAGUCUCUGCACAGACGGACAUCACCAAUCCUGUACGGUUUGUACCUGCGUGACUCCUCAGGGAAAGUUAAGGAGUCCUAGAAGCAUUUCCUCGUUUCCAAGAACUCCACAGAACGGGAUGCAUGAGGCCACCUUGCACCUGCACACCCAGAAAGAUCGAGACGUCCGACGCCGCACUCUCACGCCCGUUGUUCUCCCCAUCUGCGUCGGGGAGAUUGUAAAACGAGAAGCGUUUCUCCCUUGCUCAUGCACUGACGCCUACUACUGCCCACCGGAAAAAAGACACUUCAUUUACUCUAGAAAACUACCUACAGGAUUGCAGGCCCGGCUGAGAUGCGUUGUGGGAAGCCGAGAGAUUCAAAAUCACUGGAUCCACACAGACCGAGCAGCGAUACAUUAGUGCGAUAACGCGUUCUUCCUACCGAAAAAAACCACAAAGCCCCAAGGUCACAAGAGGCAAGUCUGGAGGAAAAAACAAACCCUGUGACUCUUUGAAGCUGACGCUCAUCCGUCUGCAACGGCAUUACUUCAAGUGUGAAUAAAUAUGUAUUUAUGCACGUACAUAUAUAUGCAUAUG